AAAAAAAAAAAAGAAGAAGAAAAACACAGAUCAAGCACCACUGUCCUUAAAGCACAAAGACAGACAACACCAUCUAUAUAAUGAGGUGCCUUGUUCUUCUCUAGGCAGAAGCAUCGGAGAAGUGCACAACCUGUUGCAAUUGCUACAGGCUUCCAAUAAGGAGAUGGAAUUUCUUAGCAACAAGGUGAAGAAGACUUGCUGUGUGCUGAUCCUGGCUCUUCUUUGCUCACUAGCCUUGACGUCAGACAGUGCACCAGACUGCUGUAAGCAGAAGACCUGCUCCUGUCGAUUGUAUGACCUCCUGCGUGGAUCAGGCAACCAUGCUGCUGGGAUUCUAACCUUGGGGAAAAGGAAGAGCAGCUCUCAGACUCUACAGACACGGCUUCAGAGGUUGCUCCAAGGCUCAGGGAACCAAGCUGCAGGCAUCCUCACCAUGGGAAAACGGGCUCAAUUAACCCUGGAGAGACGGUGUAACAAUGACCAGUUUGUGAACAUCUUGGUAUCCAGCACGCAAUCUCCCCUGCCCUUGUGUCCUACAUUAAUGGAGCCUGCUAAUGUCAGUAAGGGCUCCACCUGCAAACAAGACCCUAACAUGUAGCAGCACCUGGAAUUCGAGCCUUUACUGGGAGAAGGACCAUGUUCCCUAUAAUGAUAUAUGUUCCUGUAAAGGAACUACCAAGGAUCAAUAAACCUAAACUCGAGUUGUCUCAUCUAAAGUAGUAUUUAAUAUAUUCAUACAAUAAUUCACCAUUAUGUAGGUAAAAGUGCCCAUUUCUUCAUUGAUAGGUUUAGAUAAGUUCUCCAUACCGAUUACAAUAUGCAUACCUAUCAGUGGAGGUAUUUCACAUAAGGGCAUUUGCUGAAUAGCAUAAUGCAUUCUACUGUCUGAUGUAAGGCCAGAGAAAAGCAUUAAAGCGGUUGUAUAGUCCAUUUUUACACUUUUAUCUACAGGUAAGCCUAUAAUAAGGCUUACCUGUAG